GUGCCCCCCGGCCCGCCCCCUCCUCCCAUGGCGGCGGAGAUCCAGCCGAAGGCGCUGACCCGCAAGCCGGUCUUGCUGCAGCGAGUGGAGGGGUCCCAGGACGUGGUGAAUAUGGCAGUGAUCGUGCCUAAGGAGGAGGGAGUCAUCAGCGUCUCGGAGGACAGAACGGUCCGGGUAUGGCUGAAGAGAGACAAUGGACAGUACUGGCCAAGCAUCUACCAUGCAAUGCCUUCUCCAUGUUCAUGCAUGUCUUUUAACCCGGAAACAAGAAGACUGUCCAUAGGUCUAGACAAUGGUACAAUCUCAGAAUUUAUUUUAUCAGAAGAUUACAACAAGAUGACCCCUGUGAAAAACUACCAAGCUCACCAGAGCAGGGUAACGAUGGUCCUGUUUGUACUAGAGAUGGAGUGGGUGCUGAGCACGGGGCAGGACAAAUACUUCACCUGGCACUGCUCAGAGAGCGGGCAGCGCCUGGGAGGUUACCGCACCAGCUCUGGACCCUCUGGCUUGCAAUUUGAUGUUGAUACCCGACACGUGUUUGUAGGCGACCAUUCAGGACAAGUUACAAUCUUAAAACUGGAGCAAGAACACUGCAGCCUUGUCACAACAAUCAAAGGACAUACAGGAGGGGUGACAGCCUUAUGCUGGGACCCAGUCCAUCGAGUGCUAUUCUCUGGCAGUUCUGAUCACUCUGUCAUCAUGUGGGACAUUGGUGGAAGAAAAGGAACGGCCAUUGAGCUCCAAGGACACAAUGACAAAGUCCAGGCUCUCUCCUAUGCUCCACAUACUCGACAGCUCAUCUCAUGUGGAGGAGAUGGUGGCAUUGUGGUCUGGAACAUGGAUGUCCAGAGGCAAGAGACUCCUGAAUGGUUGGACAGUGAUUCCUGUCAGAAGUGUGACCAGCCUUUCUUCUGGAACUUCAAGCAAAUGUGGGACAGUAAAAAAAUUGGCUUGAGACAGCACCACUGUAGGAAGUGUGGGAAGGCCGUCUGUGGCAAAUGCAGCUCUAAGCGUUCCUCCAUCCCACUGAUGGGCUUUGAAUUUGAAGUGAGAGUCUGUGACAGCUGUCACGAGUCCAUCACGGAUGAAGAACGCGCACCCACAGCCACCUUCCAUGACAGUAAACAUAAUAUUGUUCAUGUACAUUUUGAUGCAACCAGAGGAUGGUUAUUGACUUGUGGAACAGACAAAGUUAUUAAGUUGUGGGAUAUGACACCAGUGGUAUCCUGAUGAUGUCUUCCAGAACCCAAAAGACAGUAUUUCCGGAAGCAACAGUCAUUCUAACCUGAAUCAUCGAGGAAGAUUGAAGUAAAGCUGAGUGUGGUGGGCAGUAAGGGAGAGACUCCAGAAUCUGAGUUCAUUUUUAAGUCGUCUACCUGUGCGGGGCAAACACUGUCAAGGAGACUCUUAUUUCAACUUAUUCACACAAUAGAAAAAUAUUUUUUUAAGCAAAUGGUUUGUACAAUCCGGCCAUGCUUCAGUGUUUUGAGUUUGUCUGGAAAAAAAAAAUCUGUGUGGGAUGGCUGUUUAAUAUUUCUGCAGUUCCUUGUUCUUGCUGCUUUGUUUGUACUGGGGAAGUAAGGGAGAUUUCUUUUGAGGGGGUUAGGGGUGGGCUUUGUUGUUCCUCCCAUUCCCCCUUAGGAUGUAUUCUAUCACAGGGUCAGCAUCACUUUGACCUCCCGCUCAUCACAAAUCUGCUGUCCAGAAAGAAUGUGCUGAAGCUAUUUAUUGUUGAUGUUUCUGGGUUCAUCUCCAAUUCAGUGGAGACAUCUGUGAAGACUGACUGACUUCUCGAAGGAGCUAAGCAGCAGUCCCUGACUCCAUCCAGUCUUUAGCUAACAAAUUAACUUCUCUGUUUCCUGGACCAGAGAAGGAAAAUGGAGUUUUUCCUGCCUUUCCCCUGCUUCUCCUAAAAAUAGUGGUUAAGCUGCCCCACAGCCACCUAAAAGAUGUCCAAGAAGUGGAUGAUUACAGCUGAAAGCAUCUCCCAUUCGCGUCUGUGUUAAUCUGAACUCAGCUGUAAGCACACAAGCUAUUUUAAAUGAAAUUUUAGUGACAGGCCUCUCUCUCAGGUUUCACCAAGCUACAUGUUAUAAAACCAGUUGUCUCUUAGUUAUGUGUUAUUUCUGAACUUGGGUUCAUUUGUAUAAAAUUUUAAUUGGAUCUCUUCUUUUUUCUUCCCUACUCAAACUAUGCAUUAAGAAAAAAAAAGAUCAUGGAAUUGAUCCAGGCACCCUACAUACUUAAGUGUUCUAUCCCUUGAGACACUUGGCAUUGUGGAAUUCUGCAUUCUCAUGCUAUUUUCCUUUUGGGAAAAACUUUAACUUUUUAAAUGAAAUGUAAAAUAAUGCUUUUUAAAGUGAACCAAAAUGGCCUAUUAUUGUGUUGGGGUUUUUUUUAACUUCUUUCAUUUUGAACCCUAAAAGAAAUGGAAUGAAACCCAGGCAGGGGAAAUUGCUAGCUCUUCUAGAUGUGAAAAGGAGAACCAAUCCCUUUCCCUCCUAUAGAACUUAGAAAAUGUGCUCAUUUCUUAUCUAGAAAAUUUACUUUUUUGUUCUCUUUUAUGAAGAACUUUAUUUCCACUGUACUGAAAAACCUUAUUACCACUGUACAUAUCUGAGUUUGGGAACUUUUUUCAAAGGAUAGGUUGAGGGAGGGAAGGGUAUGGAAAGUGUCCCUUUUAAUUUCCUCCUUUCUGGAAAGCAGAAAGCUAUGGUACUAGGGACUUAUUUUUACCAUUUAUUUUUUCCCCUCUUCUUGGUUUUCUGGCAUGGCUGAUGGUUAGCACCAGACUAGAAAACCAGGCCCUCAUGAUGGCAAGCUCUGCUUCCUGGUUCUGUGACCUCUUCAAUAACUUGGUGGUGGUUAUGACUGCCCAAGAGGCCUGGAGGAAAAUAACACUGUGCGUUGUCUUAUUAAAUUGAACAUUUAUGCUUGGAAACAAGAAAUUUUAACAAAGGGAUGGGGAGAGAAAUAUCCCCAUGUUACUGUAACUCACCCCUGUACCCCCAAAAGUGUACAUAGAACAAAAUACCCUAAGGAAUAUAACCACUUACCAUUUUUUUUUGCCUCCCCCACAUCCUCUCCCUGCUAUCAAUAGCUGCUAUAAUCACUGUUUUGAAUGUCUUCUGCAUGUCUGUCUGUCUCAUUUAAGACCUUUAAAAAGAACCAGAUGACGUUCUGAUUUUUAAAAUGUUCAAAUGUCUAUAGUGUAUAUAUGAGUAGAAGGCUUCCCGUUCCAUUUUGCCUUCUUCCUCUUCGCAUUCUGGCCAGUACAAGAAAAGGGAAAUCUAGUAUUAAGGAAUUGAUGGGACAAGUACCCAUCGGGCCUUAUGCACGCAUUCUCCAGAUGAGCCAAAAUCUCAUUGGACAAAUACUUGCACUCCUAUAGAAUCACACAUGAUUCUUUUAGCUUACUGGCAUUUGACUUAAAUGUCAUUUCUCAGCAUGGAUGUCUGUAUUCAAAAGCUUUUACACGUCUUUCUAGCACCAUAUUCCUAUCCAAGCCCAAAGAUUUUCUCAUAGUUUAAAGUCAGUCAAGGUAAUCUCAAGUUUCAUCAGUGGUAUAAGUUUUGCUUAAAAAAAAGAAAAUACUGUGAUGUUUCUAAACAUUCACUAAUUUGCUUUUUCCUUCUCUUGUCUGAGUGUCCUUGAGAUCAUUUGGAUUCAGCAAACAUGGUUUGGCAAACAUGAAGUGGUUAUCUUGGAAACUCUGUGAAUGCAUUCAUUUUUAACUUGUGUUUCUGUACCAGGGGUGGGGAACCUGUGGCCUUGAGGCUAAGUGUGCCUUCUAGGUCCUCAAGUGCUACCCUUUGACUGAAUCCUGUCCCCACCUCUGUUCUUAUACCCUUUUCCCAGAACUAGCUGAGAGAGAAUUCUCUGCUCGUGGGAUGUCUCUCCACCAGGUGCUUUCUGAAAGUGAAAGCAUCUGUCAGUCAGAAUUGGAAGCUGGCACCACCCUCUUGCAUUUCUCUGUGGAGAGUUGGCUGUCUCUCUUAAGCUUCCUUUUCAAUUAUUGUCCAUUUGGCUUGUCUUUGUACCUGACAUAUGUACCAUUGUUGCCCAAACUGGCUAUUUUUUGAAAACAGGAAAUUGUGAUGAUUUCACAGAAUCUUUAGAGUGACCAUCUAGUUCAACUUACACCCAAAAAGGAGUCACCAUUACAAUGUAGAAUUUUGUGAUUUUUCUCCCCCAUAUUUGACCCAAAAAGUAACCAUCCCUUUCUUUCAUUUACUUCUUAGGAAUUAGCAUCACAAGAGGCAGCAACUCUACCAUAAUAGCAAAAAAAAAAAAAAAAAGUUCCAGAUAAAGUACAACUUAAAGCCUUGUUUUGUUUCUCUGCCUGAGCAACCAGUCUUUCUGAUUGACUUUUAAAUUGUCAGUCUCAUUUGCCUUAAUAAUAAUAAAUGAAUCUUUGAAUACCAGAACUGGAAAAGACCUUAAGAGGUCAUCUGCUAAGAAGCCCCACCCUCAAGCAGAGCUACAUCUCAGCCAAGUUGGACAGAUCAAUGAUGAUCAGUAGUGAUGAUGACAUUCUUUGGCUAAAGUAGGGGAGCCUUGGGAGAAGGGUAGGGGAAGAGGGGAAUACAAUAAGACAUCUCUGGAAGAACUGUUGAUUUCUGGAAACUUUUACUUUAGAGGACUGUGAAUAUCGCCUGGUGUAACAAUACAGGCCUGGUCUCUGGAGUGAUUUGAAGGCCUCCAACCAGGCCACUGGUAGGUAAGAAGUAUCAUACCACUGAGUCCUGAGUUCUUUUCUACAAAGUAUACUUUCUGUCACCAACUCUGUUCAUGAGCCAGCAGGCUGGUGAGUAUGUCAUAAUAGGGCAUUUGUUGCAUGUCUGCAUAUGCCCUUUUCGGGUGCCCACAAGUGUAUACGGUGUAUUAUUUUUCUGAGGACUGACUGUGAAGGAACCAUUUUGGUGGGCUCUUCUUGGUAGAUGUCUUCCCUACCCACCUAGCACCCUCAUUCUUUUGAAGCUUCAUUUAAAAAAUAUUUUUUUUUUGCUAGUGUCAGUUUGUUGAUUGAGCCCUAAUUUUGUCUGAGAAGAGCCAUUGCAAAUUAAAGUAAUUAGACAUCAGUGUUCAGCAGAUGAGAUUCCCCAGUUUGUGAUCACAUUGCAGGAUCUUAAGGGCUAGGGAGAAGGACUGAACCUGUGAUUCCACAGGUAUAGGGAAUUUGUGGGUUCCUCUAUCAAUGCAGGUUAGCACCUUCACUGCACAACUUAUAGACUUGGAAAUUUGCCUAGAGCAUUUGAAAGGUAAAGUGAUUUACCCAAUGUCAUACAGCUGCCAAGAGUCAGGGGCAGGACCUGAAACCUGGUCUCCCUGACUGAGGCCAGCUGUCUAUCCACUGUCACAGCUGCCUCUUAAUUAUACGUAAAUGAUCUUGUCAACAAAGUUUACAUCUUAAAGUACUGGAUAUAAAAAAUCUUUCUUCUGACAAUUUAUAUUUUUCAUGCAGACCUAAGAAAUUCUUCGUUUUUGUCUGCUUUACAAUAGUUUAAGUAGUACUCUGUGUGUGUGUGUGUGUGUGUGUGUGUGUGUGUGUAUACUUGUGUUCUUUUAAAGUGUGAAAGUAAGGAAGGAUGCAGCAACCUGAAUGGGGGAGACAAGAAUAAAAUUAACUCUUAAAACUGAUUUGUCCAUUUAAUUAAUUACAGUCUUAUGUGAUAUGAAUUGCCAAAAAAAAAAAAAAAUAGGAUGUCCCAAAGGUCUUUUGUGCAUUUUAAGCUUUAAAAGGUUAAAACUGCUCUAAGACUUUUGUACAUUCCUGGAACACUAUACAUUUUUUGCUAUUAGAACACUUAUCUUUAGGGGGUUAAGACCAUAAGAAGAAACAUCAUUCCCAGUAUCCUGUGCUUUGAAAUAGGUUUAGCUGAUCACGUGUAUCGUUCCAGUUGAAAGACUCUCUUCUCAUCUCAAGGCUUCCUUUCAUUUAUAAAUGCCUGAAAUUAUUAGCUUGAAAUGGCCCCUAAUUUCAUCAACUUGUCAUUUGAUAAGUAUUGGGUAUUCUCAGGGUACCUAGCCCAAUGGUUGGUGCCAUGGGAUGGCUAUAGAACACUACCUUCCACCUGUAUUUGUCCUUGAGGAAUUUAACCUAUUAAUUUCAAAUUGGCUGUUAGGACCUGGCCACCACUGCCUCCUUCAUCCCAAGAGCAGCCUCAGGACACCACCAGCUGUUUGUAUUCCAAGAUCUUUGGGAGAGUGAAGGCUUGCAAGCCUGCUGUAGAGACAACGGGAGGGCGUGGCUCUGUCCCACCCAAUCCUGUGAAACUUCACUCGGUCUUAAGCUAACUUCUAACUACCUGCUGUGUCCACUACAACUAAGUCUUCUGGUAUGGAAGUUGGCAGCUGAAGCCCUCCAUCCUUAGAAGUUUUUCAGAGGGAGAAUUGGAUGAACCCUGACUGGAACUACACAUGUCCAGGAGAAUUAGAGUACUUUUUUCCCUAAAGAAACAGAGAUAACAGAGCUUAGUCUGACCGUUGGGAUAUUUAGCCCUGCAGGGCUUCCAAAAUGCCAUUUUGUCCCUUUAUUAUCAAUACAGUCCCCAUUCUGUUUCUGCUAUAGGCUAGUUUUGCCUUCUAUUUCCAAUGCCUAAAGUAUUUUAUGAUUAUAUAGUGUAAAAUUAUCUUCAUUUUUAAACCUCAUCUCAGCCUUGCAGAUAAGAACUCAGAACUUAACAAACCAUAUAGUUGUUUUUAACAUCACUGUUUCUACCACUGACAUUCACAAUUAGUUAAAAUUAGUAGAAUUCCAUGUUUAUCAUUGGGCUUAAUCAUAAGCCAUCCACUCUCAGUACUAGGCAAGUGAUUAUCUGCAAGGCUUGAUUAAGCCAGAUAAAUGAGAGAAGACCACUCUCCCUUAGUUUCCUCAAUCAAAUUCCAAGAAAGCACAGUCUAUAUUUUUUAUCUAUAGCUACAUGGAUAUUUUGUUAGGAAAAGAGGCUGGUGGCUAAUCACUGUACAGUUUCCUAAAGAGAUGUUUCAAAUAUUCAUUCUUGUGAAUCUCCCUCAUCACCUUCUGCCUCAUCUCAUUCCUUUUUGUGUCUCUUCUCUCCCUCCCCCCGCCCCCCAUUAGAUAAGCUCUUUGAGUUCAGGGAUGAGGUUUCUUUGUCCCUAGCACUUAGCACAGUGCCUUGUAUGUUGGAGACAACAAAUGUUUGUUGAAUUGGCUCAGCAAUCAUAAGGGAAUCAAACUCACAGAGGAAAAAGUCAUUGAAAUUACAUGCUGAUUUGAUGAUCAGAUUAGAAACAAGGAGGCAGAUAGGACUCAGAUCAGGCCUUGACACUUGGACCUUUUCUUCCUUCUCUAAUUAAUGGAGAGGGAGGACAAUUGCCAAUAUAAAGGGGGAAAUGGUUUGCUUAUAUUUAUAUUUAUAUCUUUUGUUAUUAAAUGAUAAAAGCACUUUCAGCACUAGAAUAUACCAACAUAACGUAUGGACCAAAACACUUGUUUCUUUUAACCAUUACAUCUUCAGUUGCAUUUUAUGUUAUUGCUAUUACAUGUUGAAGGAUGUGUUUUUCAAUGUGUUGUCAUUUUGUAAAAGAAAAAUGUUAUAUUAGGAGUUCCAAACUUAAUAUAUACUGUAUGACUUGAAAAGUACUUGGCCAAGUCAAAGCUGGUUCUAGGGCCUGCUUCUUACUCGCUGUAGUCAAGAACGUGGCUCCUGCCUUUCUAUAUUACCCCAUCAGCCUCUAUGGGGCAGAUCUUUACUUGGUUACAAUAGCCCUAUUUUAUACAUUUAUUAUUUAGCUCCUCUUUUAAAAUGAGGAAGUUCUCUGUGAAUUUCAGGGUGAAAAUGUAAUAAACAUGAAAGUUGGAGUGAAUCUCUUGAAUGCUGGUCUAUUUUUAAAUCCUCUACUCUUUGCUCUGGAUAUGAGAACAAAAUACUGUUAAGUCCUCAGUAAUCAGAUCUUGCCACCUGCUCCGAGACAGCCAUCUCAACAUUAUCUUGAGGAAAUUUCUGUUCCAAUUACAAAGGGAUUCCACAAUGUAAUAAAGAUUAAAGUUUCUUCAGUUAAAUAAUACAUAUCUAAUAUGAUAAAAUGCUGCAGAAUGGCAUAGUUGUUUUCCUUCCACUCCCUUUUCUUCUGUCCUCUUCCAUGUAACUGAAAUGUAUGUUUGUUCAUUCAGUGAUGUAAUGGACUCAUUGAAAAGCUGCCUUCAUGGUUCUAAAAUAAACCUUUGUGAAACCUUC